AUGGUGUCUCCUAGAUAUUGUUCCUUUUCAUCAUUGACAAGACGUCGAUAUUCAUACCUCUCUUCAUGGCCCAGAAUAUAUCAUCUCUCCUUAAUGGUCUAUGGAUUGCUGCUAUUAAAUAUAGUUCUCGCUCAAAACUAUCGUGCCACUCUCAAAAUAUACAAUGGAGAAGCCAUCACUCUCUCUCAACAGAAUUUAGCUAUUUUUACAAAUAAUAACAAUCAACAAAUCAAUCCCAAUAUUCAAUAUCAAGUCAUGCAUGUUGAAAAUGGAUACUUUAGAAGAAAUCAAUCCUCCACCAGUGAACUUUCUCAAUUCCGUCAAAAAGACAUUGAACAAGGUUUGAUUCAAUUUGUGCAUCAAGCAGAUCAAGAGAAACCUCUGAUUCAACUCUUAUAUUAUGAUACAACCAGUGCAACAACAACAAAAUCAACCUUAACCAUGGAUGUACAAUUUACCAUGUUUAGAAAGAAUGCAUUUGGUGCACCCACUCCUCUCAUUCAACAUGAAUACAAAAAUGGUCAAAUUAUUCUACAGAUUCGAAUGUAUAAGAAAAAUCUAGAGACUCAACAACGGGCAUACUAUAAUCUUGGACUUUCAUAUUCCUCUUCGAAUAUGGAUGGAUAUGUUUGCACCAAUCAGAACAUUCUCAAAAAUAACUUUAAAUUAUAUCAAGAUGCAGAUUAUUAUCAAAUCUAUCAAUCUUCAAUACCGUUGAAUGAUUUUAUUAAACAAUCUUCAACAGAAUCUGCCAUGACCAAUGGUGCUCUUCAAUCCUUCUAUAACACUAUUUAUAUGACCUACAUGUUCGUCACGAAUCAAGAUGUUUCUCAAUGCUAUACAGUUUCCUUUAAAAGAAAUUUCAUUCUUCAUGUUGGAUUGAGUGUAUCAUGUGUGGGUUCAACCUCAUUGACCAUCAUUAAUGUUUGUACCAAUGAAAAGGAAAAGCUACAAGUGAUGUGUGAAUUUGAAUGGCCCAAUGAUAUGGAUUCUUUAGCAUCUUCUGCUGCAGCAUUCAAUGGAACUUAUGCAUUGUAUGGCAACACAAACUCACUUCUCUAUACUCUCAAUUUCCAAUAUCAAAUACCUUAUGGCUCUUCUUCAUUGAACAGUGGUGUUCCAAUGAUGGAUAGUAAGACUAUGAUUGGUUUAUUUAUUGAUGAUAAGAGUAUUCUACCUGCAAGUCGAGCGACUCUUUUAGAUUCAAGUGGGUCUUUGGGAACAACACGUAUGAGUAAUUCUAUCCCAACGACGACCAUGACUACUACUACUACUACCUCAGCGACCAUGACUACUACUACUACUACCUCAGCGACCAUGACUACUAUUGCAACAGCAGAGAGCUCUACCUCAAUGACAACAGAGUCUACAUCAAUACCUCUCUACAAUACUCUCUUCAAAGACAGUGAUCGUCUCUAUGCCAAAGUAUCUCUUAUUGACUCGUCUCUUUCCAUUGGAUACAAUCAAUUACUCAUUCCAUAUAAUGCAUACAUGUGUUGUAUCAAGACAUUGGAUGGUACCAUGCCACCCUAUAAUCCAUCUUCCACAACACUUCCACAACUUGGUUGUACCAUCUACGAUCCCUCAACCAUGUAUUAUCAAGUUCGAUUAAUUCAAGAUGGAAAUGUAUUGAGUGAUCCACUCUUGGAUGUCAAAUAUUACAAUGCUACAUCGAUUGGAGGCUUUGGUAAUAAUAACAAUUAUGGACUAUCGUUCAAAUUAGCUUCAUUAAGUAAUGCUGGAGGAGGUUCAACGAUUACCGCCUCAAAUCCUUCCCGUAAAUGUUUUCUCCAUAUUGAGAGUACGGUAAAGGCUUUUGAUUCUCUUCCAGGUCAAGGACAAUCCUAUGACCCUUCUCUGCAGAUUCUUUAUGAUUUGGUUCAGUCAUCAACGAGUACACGGAAUUCAGUGCAAACAAGAGCUCAACUUCCACUCAAUUCCAUGGAUGUAUCGUUUCAGACAUUUAUUGUUCAACCCUCUUCGACGAGUGGUCUAUCCAAUAGGGUCAACCUACUAGAAGAGAAUCAAGUUAAGAAUUCUGCUAUUGAUGUGAUGCAUGUAGCAUUAUCCUCUUCUGUUGUGAGUUUCAUUGUGUUGAUGAUUUGCCUUAUUGUGUUUUGA